AUCGUUUGAGGAGCUCCCCCUCAGCUGGCCCUCCACUAGUUUAUGACAAACAGGCUAGUUUGCGGACAAUGUCCGUAUCUUUUCUGCUCCUGACUUAGCCGGCAUCAUAAGUUCAUAUUUUUGUUGUUUUUUUUAGAUUUUAAGGGUUAGCGUCAUGGAGCCGUCAGCGCCAAAAAGUAAGCUGAAAAAGCUGAGUGAGGACAGUUUGACCAAACAGCCAGAGGAAGUGUUUGAUGUUCUGGAGAAACUUGGCGAAGGCUCCUAUGGCAGCGUAUUUAAGGCCAUCCAUAAAGAGUCGGGGCAGGUGGUGGCCAUCAAGCAGGUUCCUGUGGAGUCCGAUCUGCAGGAAAUCAUCAAGGAGAUCUCAAUCAUGCAGCAAUGUGAUAGCCCUUAUGUUGUAAAAUAUUAUGGAAGUUACUUCAAGAACACGGACCUCUGGAUUGUCAUGGAGUACUGUGGAGCUGGAUCUGUUUCAGACAUCAUCAGACUGCGAAACAAAACUCUGACAGAAGAUGAGAUUGCCACUAUCCUCAAGUCAACGCUAAAGGGUCUGGAGUACCUUCAUUUUAUGAGAAAGAUCCAUCGUGACAUUAAGGCAGGAAACAUCCUUCUCAACACUGAGGGUCACGCCAAACUGGCUGACUUUGGAGUUGCGGGGCAGUUAACGGACACCAUGGCGAAAAGAAACACUGUGAUUGGUACUCCAUUCUGGAUGGCUCCAGAAGUGAUCCAGGAGAUCGGCUACAACUGCGUAGCAGACAUCUGGUCUCUGGGCAUCACUUCUAUAGAAAUGGCAGAGGGGAAACCUCCUUAUGCUGACAUCCACCCGAUGAGAGCUAUCUUCAUGAUCCCCACCAACCCUCCUCCUACGUUCAGGAAGUCGGAACAUUGGUCAGAAGACUUCACAGACUUUGUCAAAAAGUGUUUGGUCAAAAACCCAGAGCAGAGAGCAACAGCAACACAGCUUCUACAGCAUCCGUUCAUCAGCCAGGCCAAACCUGUGACGAUCCUCAGAGAUCUGAUAACAGAGGCCAUGGAGAUGAAAGCCAAGAGGCAGCAGGAGCAGCAGAGAGAGCUGGAGGAGGAGGAUGAUAACUCUGAGGAGGAGACGGAGGUGGACUCCCACACCAUGGUGAAGUCGGGCUCUGAGGGUGCUGGGACCAUGCGGGCCACCAGCACUAUGAGCGACGGGGCCCAAACCAUGAUUGAACAUGGCAGCACCAUGCUGGAGUCCGACCUGGGGACCAUGGUCAUCAACAGUGACGACGAAGAGGAGGAGGAAGACCAAGGGUCAAUGAGAAGGAAUGCCACCCCCCAGCAGCCCAUACGUCCUUCCUUCAUGGACUACUUUGAUAAGCAGGACUCCAACAAGGCGGCUCAGCAGCAGGAAAACUACAACCGCAAUCAGCCGCCAGAACAGCCUGGCUACCACAUCCAGUCCAAAAAUGUCUUUCCUGAUAAUUGGAAGGUCCCGCAGGAUGGAGACUUUGACUUUUUGAAGAACCUGGACUUUGAGGAGCUGCAGUUGCGCCUCACUGCCCUGGAUCCCAUGAUGGAGCGGGAGAUCGAGGAGCUGCGGCAGCGCUACACCGCCAAGCGGCAACCCAUCCUGGAUGCAAUGGAUGCUAAGAAGCGAAGACAACAGAACUUUUGAGGGCUCUUCCAAUCCUUCCUCCCCUUCCAAAAGCCAGCAGCAAACUUCUGUCCCAGCAGGAGAACAAAGACCACCAUGUUGUUCUUACCUAAACCCUCUCUAAUGUCCCAACUAACUGCUAACUGGCCUCUGAAUGAAGUUAGAUGCUUUCCUUCCUGGAUGACGUCUGUUUCUCUGCAAUUGCUGUGAAGCCGUUUUCUGGUAAACGCUGAUCAGGACUGUGGGCAAAAAAAAAAUAGAGAAGUGACCCCGAGGCCAUCUUAAAAAGGAAUUUCCUCUUUUCUCAGUGAACUGUCAGCCUUGGAGUCAGCAUCAGCACAUAAGGAAGUCAGUCCUGCAGCAGGAGCAGCUGUAGAAGCAGCAGAUUUAAUGAAGUGCUUUUUUUUUUUAUAUCCUUUUUCUUCUUCAGACUCUUUACUUCUAAUGUAAAUAUAACACAGAGCCUAGUUUGGAAAUAACCUCCAUCAGAUGCUGUGGAGGUUCGACUAUGACCAAAGACAAUCAGAAUUAUGCUGACUUUGAGAAUGCCUUAAAAUAACGAGCAAUGUAGUAAAACGCCAAGUAACGGGACGUUUGUACCGUGCUUUGGUUUGGAGGGAAAAUAUUAAAGCUGUAAAGGUCGGGUUACGUACCACAGAACUUCAAACUUAUCAGUCUUUAUGAUCUACUUUUGGGUUUGUUUUAGUUUUCAUUUGUGGGGUUUUUUUUGUUGUUUUUUUUUUUGCACCGUCUGCUUUAACAGACUUCAUGUAUCUUAGUGCCUCUUCGGUCAAACACAAACACAUCAUCCUCUUAGCUCACAGUGAUGUUAUGCAUUCAAAGUCAGAGACUUUUAUUCUGCUAAUUGAUCCAGAUGAAGGAUGACUAAGCAGUAAAAUAAAACUAUUUGUUGAAAAAUCUCCUGAAGUUGUUAAAUGAUUAGAUUUCAGAUUCGUCUCAGAAAUUAGGGUUAAGACACAUCAACUAAACUAAAGCAAAGAAGUAGUUAUCGCAUCUAACUACAACAAUUACAUUUUAAUUCCUCUUUGUUGCUUCAUUUUUCAGAUUUUCCCUGCAGCAGUCGUGCAGGGCUACGUUUUGUUUUCUGUCGAUGAAGGAAUACAGUGUUUUAGGGUAAAAUGCUCUUUUUCUUUUAAACAUAGAACCUGUUGGCACACAGAUAUGUGGCUUCCUUUUGUAAUAAAGUAGCUGUGCCUAAAAAUCAAAGAUAAUCCUCAAUAAACUGGGCAGAGGUUAUUUUCCUUUUAUUAAGCUAGAGGGCAGCGAUGCAUUCACUGUUUAUCUGUAAAACAUCUCGCAGUGACAAGUUGUAACAACACUUUAAAAGCUAAAUUGAUGGUGAAAUAACGUUAGAGAUCAGAAUCGACCGAUUUUCAAUAAACCAAUAUAUAUUAUAAAUUCAUUAAGAGCAUCAAAACUAAUAUUUUCAGUUUCUAAAUGCAUCAACAAAUCAGGAAAUUAUGCAAAUAUCAUUUGCAAUUAAUUACAUUCUCUUCCCGAUUCUGUUUUCAGUCCAGUUCCCUCAAGUCUAUUACAUUUUAAUAAGCUGGUUUUGUCAGCUGGGAGCAACUACUGCACUGAGACUCGAUCAGGCUAAUAUCCUUUCAGGAUGCAAAGUAUGAAUUCAUUACAUCUGGAACAAAUAUUGCAUUUUAACCAAUCCUCUGAUAUUAAUAUCAGCUGAUGUGAUGUUUUCUUAUCAAGUUCCUAUGACACAAAAAGGGUGAUGUAAUUUUUUUUUAUUUUCUGCUGGAUUCAACUUGAUAAUCUGCUGCAGUAAUCUGCAUCUGAUUAAAUUUAAGCUGCAUUUUAUUGACAUUUUCAGGCUAAACUCUCAAAACAAUAUCAAAAAUACAAGCAUAUCUGGUGAUUUGAAAACUGUUAACACCUUUGACCCCUUAAAUAAGAUGCUGUCUUUUUUUAAAAGAAAUAUUUGCCUUUUUCUCUGUUUCAUGUUAACAAUGACCCUGAAUGAAAUAAUCCUGUCUUAAUAUCUUGUACACGUUUGGUUUUUUUGCAGGUUUCUGUUACAUAUGAAUGUGGAUCGCCUGUUUAUUUUGAAUAAACAGAUCUGUUACUGUGUCUCGCUGACUUAUCUGGAAUAAGCAGACAGUAUAAACGGGAUCAGCACUGUAUCAUGUAAACCAUAUCUGCUUCUCUUCAGAUUUGUUUUCCUUCUAAUCGAUAAGAAUUAAGUAAUUUGUAAAUUGUCACCUUUUAAUUUUAGGGCCUGGAGUCUGCGCCGAUAAAUUGCAUAGGAAUAUGAUUCUCCUGUGUUAGAAUCGGGGUUUUUUUAAUUAAUUAUUUAUUAAACGUGAUCUUGACUGUUGAAAUUUCUGCCCAAACAGAUGUUUUGCCGUCUUUUCGACUGUGCAUGUUUGCAUUUUAGAGGGAUGCUUUUCUAGUAAGUGCACAGUUAAUAUGGAAGAUGAUUUAUUAUGUUUGAUUUCAUUUAAAAAAAAAAAAUUAAAAUAGGAAACUGACUCAGCUGUCCCUGUCACUUGUGCGAAAUUAAAUAAAUUUAAGUUUGUGUUAA